GGCUCUGUUCCUACUCACAAUGCGAACAACCAGGGUGCAACGCAGGGCAGCGGGCACGCAGACUCACAGCGCAGCUUGACCCGGAGGAAAAGCUAAUCGGCCAUUUUGGGCUAAAGGGGUCUUUUCCUGGCACCACGUGAGAGCGGAGAGCCCGAAAAGGGAGCAAUCGAGAGAGAGUGAAGAGUCGGAGAACAAGGGGGCGAAUCGGGAGACACACUUACUCUCUCACAUUCAUUCACAUGUGCUGAGCCUUAGGAAAAUAACGUUAUUAGCUAGCGACCUUGCACGAUGCCGACAAUUACUCUACCACCGAAAGAAAACGCUCUCUUUAAAAGGAUUUUGAGAUGCUACGAGCACAAGCAGUACAGAAAUGGGCUGAAAUUCUGCAAACAGAUCCUGUCCAAUCCCAAGUUUGCAGAGCAUGGAGAGACAUUGGCCAUGAAGGGGCUCACCCUCAACUGCCUGGGCAAGAAGGAGGAGGCAUACGAGCUGGUCAGAAGAGGCCUGCGCAAUGAUCUGAAGAGCCACGUCUGCUGGCACGUGUAUGGCUUGCUGCAGCGCUCUGACAAGAAGUAUGAUGAGGCAAUCAAAUGUUACAGAAAUGCACUGAAAUGGGACAAGGACAACCUGCAGAUCUUGCGAGACCUCUCCCUGCUACAGAUCCAAAUGAGGGACUUGGAGGGUUACAGGGAGACCAGGUACCAGCUCCUGCAGCUGCGGCCAGCUCAGAGGGCCUCGUGGAUCGGUUACGCCAUUGCAUAUCACCUCCUCGAGGACUAUGAGAUGGCUGCCAAAAUCAUCGAAGAGUUCCGAAAAACGCAACAGACUUCUCCAGACAAAGUGGAUUAUGAGUACAGCGAGCUGCUGCUCUACCAGAACCAGGUCCUGAGAGAGGCAGGCCUCUUUAAAGAAGCACUGGAGCACCUAACCACCUACGAGAAACAGAUCUGUGACAAACUGGCAGUGGAGGAGACUAGAGGUGAGGUGCUGCUGAAACUGGAGCGGUAUGAGGACGCUACCGAGGUGUACCACCGUCUUCAGGAGCGCAACCCUGAGAACUGGUCUUACUACCAUGGCCUCGAGAAUGCCCUCAAGCCAGUGAGCGCUGACGAGAAGCUGAAGAUCUAUGAGGAGGCCUGGGUGAAGUACCCCAAGGGACUGGUGCCUAGAAGGCUUCCUCUCAGUUUCUUAGCUGGGGAAAAGUUCUGUGAGUGCCUGGAUAAAUAUUUAAGAAUGAACUUCAGCAAAGGCUGCCCACCAGUAUUCACCACCCUCAGGUCCCUUUAUAAUGAUAAAGAAAAGGUGUCGAUAAUUGAAGAAUUAGUUGUUGGUUAUGAAACGACUUUAAAUAGCUGCCGAAUGUUCAAUCAGAAUGAUGAUGGUAAAGAGGAGCCCCCAACUACGUUACUGUGGGUGCAGUACUUCCUGGCCCAGCACUUCGACCAGAUUGGUCAGCAGAGUCUGGCCUUGGAUUACAUCAAUGCUGCCAUCGAGAGCACGCCCACACUAAUCGAAUUGUUCCUCGUUAAGGCCAAGAUAUACAAGCAUGCUGGGAACAUCCGGGAGGCAGCUCGCUGGAUGGACGAGGCUCAGGCUUUGGACACAGCCGACCGCUUCAUCAACUCCAAAUGCGCCAAAUACCUGCUCAAGGCUGGCCUGGUCAAAGAGGCGGAGGACAUGUGCUCCAAAUUCACUCGGGAGGGGGCAUCUGCAGUCGAGAACCUGAACGAGAUGCAGUGUAUGUGGUUCCAAACAGAGUGUGCACUGGCCUACAAAUCUAUGAAUAAACUUGGUGAUGCUCUCAAGAAGUGCCACGAGAUCGAAAGGCACUUUGUGGAGAUCACAGACGACCAGUUUGACUUCCACACGUACUGCAUGCGCAAGAUGACCCUGCGCUCCUACGUAGAGCUGCUCAAGCUGGAGGACGUGCUGCGCAUGCACCCCUUCUACUUCAAAGCUGCCCGCACCGCCAUCCACAUCUACCUCAGUCUCCACGACAACCCGCUCACCGACGACAACAAAGAGCUACAGGCUGACACGGCGAACCUGUCGGACAAAGAGCUGAAGAAGCUGCGGAACAAGCAAAGGCGAGCGCAGAAGAAGGCCCAGCUGGAGGAGGAGAAGAAGAACGCAGAGAAAGAGAAACAGCUGAAGAACCAGAAGAAGAAGAAGGAAGACGAUGACGAAGAGAUCGGAGGGCCCAAGGAGGAACUCAUACCAGAUAAACUGGCUAAGGUGGAAACCCCCUUAGACGAGGCUGUUAAGUUCCUGACGCCCUUAAAAAACCUGGUAAAAAAUAAGAUUGACACCCACCUGUUGGCGUUUGAGAUCUACUUUAGAAAAGAGAAGUUCUUGUUAAUGUUGCAGUCAGUGAAGAGGGCUUAUGCCAUAGACCCAGACCACCCAUGGCUUCAUCAGUGUUUAGUCCGCUUCUUUAAAGGAGUGUCUGAAAGCAAGGACUUGCCGGACGCCGUGCACACCGUGCUGAAGCAGGAGAUAUCCCGGCUCUUUGGAGACAGCAAUGCAAAGAGCUACAACCAGACCUUCCUCACGAAGCACUCCGACUCCAUCCCUCAUAGAUUAGCGGCUGCCAAAAUGAUGGCCUACCUGGACUCCUCCACUGAGAGGAAGGCUGUAGAGCUGGCCACAGCACUGGAGGAGCCCCUCAUCAACAGAAGCAUUCAGAUCUGCUCAGAUGUCCUGGACAGCCUUGGUGAUGGUAGCCUUGGUGAUGCUAAAGAGACUGCAGCCGAGAGUUACCGGGCAGAAUGCCACAAGCUGUACCCUUACACACUGGCCUUCAUGCCACCCGGCUACGAGGAGAACACCAAGAUUGCUGUCAACGGUGACGUCUCCACGGAAACCGAGGAGCUGGCCAAUGAUAUGUGAAGAGGGGGGAGGGAGCCAAGGUAGGAGGGGGAGUGUUCUGUUCAAGAGAAUGGAGGGAACUGAUUGCUGUGGACAAGCAAUCACCUCUCGUCAACAUCUCUCUUUCUCUCCCCCCCUCUCCCCAUCACCUCUUUUCUCCUGUCAUUGGAGCCACUCACAGCAAGACUGAGAUGAUUAUUGAUUGACAUUUAUGUUUUUUUUUUUUUUUUUUUUGAGAGGAGGAUGCAGGGGGAAGCAGGGGAGAGAGAAAAAAAAGAAGAGAAUGAGAAAUGGCCAUUUUUUUUUGUCAAAAGAAACCUUGCUUGAUAACUACUUUCUCUAACUGAUAAACAGACAGAAAAUACCAAGUCAAACUUCCACCACGGCACGCAGCUGAACGAAGUGGAGGCCAUAACCUGCGGACUACACACAGGAGCAAUUAGAAGCCAACCCCCGCCACAACAACAUCUAUACUUCCAAUGUUUUAAAGAAAAAAGUAAUUUAUAUGGAAAAAAUGUGUUAUGGAAAUAGCAUAGUCUGUGACUUUUUAAAAGCACUGAGCUGAAUUUCAAAAAGGUUUCUGUGAAUGGGAGGAAGGAGACGAGGGGUGAGGAGAGGGAGGGAGGUAGGGGGAAAGGAGAGGCAGGGCUCUGAGUUAGUCCACAUUGUCAAGCACUUGCAUCCUCUUCCAAGGCUCAAGUCAUCCAGGUGACAGGCUCCCUGAAUGGCGGUGUCCCACAGAGACGAGAGGUCAAAGGGUACUAGGAUUGUAGUAUGAAUGGCAAAUGCCAUAAAUGGUUUGCAUUUUUUUUUUCCUUUGUUUCAAUUGGGUUACAGUGUGAGGAUUUGAGUUUGUUGUAGAUAUCUGGAUUUUGUACUGUUCUUAAAGACACUAUGAAAACGACACACUUUUGGUAGCCAAGCAUCGUGGUUCACUUGCCUUUGUUUGUCAUCAAACCUGGACUUGACAAGACGUGAAUACUUUGGUGAUGUAUGAAACGGACGAAUACAAACUUCUAAAAUUGGAUGUAUUUUGAUCAAUAAAUCAGGCAUUUGUCAAUCAUGCUUUAUUCUGACACUUAGACCUAUCACACAAACACACAUUCAGCAUAUAACUGGUACCGGUGUGGACAAGAUUGAGGAGCUGUCGUGCUCCAUUACGUCCGUUAUGUUAAACGGUGGGAGAGUAGCAUUAACAGUUCCAAUGGGAGUGCCGACUAACAGAUGAGCGAUGACAACUUGUGACGUUAACCACUUUCUCUUGAGCAAUUUUUACUUUUCCUUUGUAAGAGAAAUGUUUCGAUUUCUUUACUUUGUAGAGAAACGUCGCUUAAACAGACAAGCUCGUAAUGUACAUUUCACAUUCAACAGUUGGAACAUGCCCCUGACUUUGUACAGUUUGAAAGGAAAGAUGGGGGGGGGGGGGGGGGGCACUCAAAUAACUGUUUUCCUCUCUUUUCCUUCCCAGUGCGACCUUUAACCUCUUCCUUUUUCAGUUGUAAAGUUCUACCCUUGUCAAACACAUAAGAGGUACCAAAUAUACAAUGCAAUAAAAUUAUUUUAAAAAUGA